AUGACUCGACUCGAGCCGGAAUCAGACAUUGAUAGCGACACGGUACCGGCGAGCUACGUGCUUUCCGUUGCUAUUCUACACCUGAAAAUCCGCGCACAAGUACGUGAGCUGUACUAUGCCGUCCAAUCCAGACUCCUGCUGCUGCCACUCCUUGGUAGCUGUGCCAUCGGCGCCGCCGCUGCCGGCAUCGUCUCCCACAAGAAAAACUUGACGUUUUGGGCGCUCACCAUAUCAAGCCUCCUCAUGUUCGUUGCGUCCGCCUUGUUGACCCGGAUCCUCAAAUCCGACUCGUCUCUCCCACAGGAGAGGGGUUAUCUCGCCAUUCUCGGCCUCGGCGCGGGUAUGAGCAUAGCCACCACGAUGCUGCUGGCCACCCUUUUACUCGGACAUGGAAAAUCACGGCAUGGUGUUAUCGCUUUGAUGAGGAUCCCGGGGGCGAGCAUCGGGUCGGCAGUUGGCUUCAUCCUGCUGCACACGCGAUUUACUCGGGGGCUGCACGGCGCGUUCACGCCUGAGCAGCUGAGUGCCUUUGAUCAGUCUCCGCUGUCCGUGAGCUCCUUCACAGCCCCUCAGCUGCUUCUCGACCAGGGUGCGUAG